UGUUGAAGCUGUCGCUAUGCUCGAUGUAUCGAUGUAUUUUUAUUUUACAUGGCCACUACAUUGCUGUGAAGUCGCCGCUUUGAAAGCGUUUACGGGAAGAAAAGUGCAAAAUAAAAAGUUUUAUUUUAAUUAGUGCAAGUGUUUAUCCCAUGCAACAAAAGGAAGCUAGAGCAUAGUUGUGGGAAAAAUUGAACCCGAACCCAAUCAUGCCCAAGCCGGACAGUAAAAAGCAAAGGGCCAAAUAUAAAACGGAGGACGACGAGGGCUCAGACGUUGAAGACAAGAACUCGGACGAUGCCAUAGAACAGGAGGCCGAUAGCCAGGAAGGUGGCGAAGACAUGGAGGCUGACAGUGAUGAUGACGAUGACGAUGACGACGAUGAUGAUGACGACGACGACGACGACGACGAAGACGACGACGACGAGGACGAAGACAACAAGAAACGGACAACUGACAAAAAAAAGCAGCAGCAGCAGCAGCAGCAUAAAUCACAACAGGAACUGGAACAAUCUGAUGAUGACGACAGCGAUGACUCCGACGAGGACAACAAUGAGGAGGACAACAACGUUGACAGCAACAGUGAACAGCAGCAGCAGCAGCAGCAACAACAACAGCAGCAGCAACAGCAACCACCACCCCAGCAACAGCAACAACAGCAACAGCAUCAAGAGGACCAAGAGAGCAACGCCAGCGAAGGAGCGGUCGCUGGCGCUGCUGCCGUCGUCACCGCCAACGCUGCUGAGGAUCGUACGAGUGCAACGAAUCUGAUCAUCAACUAUUUACCACAGGAUAUGACAGAUCGUGAGUUGUACAAUUUGUUCAGCAGUUGCGGCUCCAUCAAUACAUGCAAAAUUAUGCGAGACUACAAGACCGGAUACAGCUUUGGCUAUGGCUUCGUCGACUACAACUCGGAGGCGGACUCCGAGGAGGCGAUACUAAAACUCAAUGGAUUCUAUGUGCGCAAUAAGCGCUUGAAGGUAUCUUAUGCACGACCCGGCGGGCAAUCGAUCAAGGACACUAACCUGUACGUGAUCAAUCUGUCCCGCAACAUCAACGAUGAUCAGCUGGAUCGGAUAUUCUCCCCAUACGGCUUGAUCGUCCAACGUAACAUCUUGCGGGACAAGCUAACAGGUCGCCCACGGGGCGUUGCAUUUGUACGUUACAAUAAGCGCGAGGAGGCGCAGGAAGCAAUCAAGGCCCUCAACAAUACGGUGCCGGAGGGCGGCUCACAGCCAAUCUGGGUGCGGCUGGCUGAGGAGCACGGCAAGGCGAAGGCCGCACAAUUUAUGUCACAAAUUGCGGGCGGGCCGCACAUGGGCCCGCCGCAGCAACAACAGCCGCCGCACCACAUGAAUCCCCACAUGCAGCAGCAGCAGGCGCACCAGCAUCAUUCGCACCACCAGCAGCAGCAGCAGCAGCAGAUGCAUCAUCAGCACCAUCAGCAGCAGCAGCAGCACCAGCAGCAGCAGCAGCAACAACAACAGCAGCAGCAACAUCAUCAUCAUCAUCACAGUUUGCCACCACCGCCACCGCACCACAUGCAACAGUUGCAUCAUCAUCCGCACGGAGGAGGUGGCGGCGGGAUCGGUGUCGGUGUCGGCGUCGGUCUGCCACAGCCGAUGCACGGCGGUGGCGGGGGCGGCGGCGUCGGCUAUCACCAUAUGGCACACAGAGGUAGAUCAAAUAGAACAACACGAUCUCAAAAACCGCAUCCAUAUAACCAUGCACAGAAAUUUAUUUAUGUUCAUGCUGCCAUUGCCUAUCAGAAUAUUGCCAAUGCCCCGACCACAAGCACAGCUGCGACUGCAGCGGCAGCAGCAGCAGCAUCAGCAGCAGCAGCGCCAGCAGCAACAGCUGUGCGACGGCAAAAGCGUUGCAGCUGCAACUGCAGCGGCGCCCACGGCGGCGCCCACAGCAGCAGCAGCAGCCACAACGGCGGCGGCGGCAAUGGCCUACAGCAACAACAACAGCACAACAGCAACGGCAGCAUCAACAGUAACAGCAAAUACAGUAAUUCAACCACAACAGCAACAGCAACAACAUCAGCAGCAGCAGCAGCAGCAGCAACAACAACAGUCAUUAAUGCAACAGCAACAACAACAACAACAACCUUAGCUGCAGCGAUACACAGCGACAGCAACAAUGCUGCAACAGGCACAGCAGCUGCAACAGGCACAGCAGCUGCAACAGCUCUGGCAGCAGCAGCAACAACCCUUACAGCGACUGCAAUUGAAACAGCAGCAGCAACAACAGCAACAACAUCAGCUUCAGCAGCAGCUACAUUGACAGUUGCAACAACUUUAGCUGCAACAACUACUUUGGCAGCAAUACCCGCAACGACAACAACAACAACAACGAACGAAAACACGAAUGCAAACAGAGUUGCCACCGCCAAUGCGUCUGCAAAUGCAACAGCAAUACUGCAACAGCAGCGAUUGCUACAACCGCUGCAACUGCCACGACCUCAGCCACUCCAACAACGGCCCCAACAGCAGCAACAACUGCAACAACAGCGGCCACAGCAGCAACAGCAACGACAACAGCAGCAGCAACAGAUGCAACAACGGCCCCAACAACAACGGCACCAACAGAUGCAACAACGGCCACAGCAGCAACAACAACGGCCACAGCAGCAACAACAACGGCACCAACAGCAACAACAACGGCCACAGCAGCAACAACAACGGCACCAACAGCAACAACAACGGCCACAGCAGCGCCAACAAUUGUCACAACGGCCACAGCUACAGCAACAACGUUCCCAACAAAUGCAACAAAGGCCCCAACAUAUGCAACAAAGGCCCCAGCAGAUGCAACAAAGGCCCCAACAUAUGCAACAACAACGGCCCCAACAGCAGCAACAACGGCCGCAGUUGCAGCAACAAAGGCCACAGCUGCACCAACGGCAGCAACAAAGGCCACAGCAGCAGCAACAAAGGCCGCAGUUGCAGCAAGAAAGGCCACAGCAGCAGCAACAACGGCCGCAGUUGCAGCAACAAAGGCCACAGCAGCAGCAACAAAGGCCGCAGUUGCAUCAACAACGGCCGCAGUUGCAUCAACAACGGCCGCAGUUGCAUCAACAACGGCCGCAGUUGCAUCAUCAACGGCCACAGCAGCAGCAACAAAGGCCGCAGUUGUAUCAACAACGGCCACAGCUGCACCAAUAUCGGCCACAUCUGCACCAAUAUUGGCCACAACAGCAGCAGCCGCAAAUGCCACAAUUUCAGCAGCAAGUGCCACAAUAUCCACCGCAUAUGCUACAAUUUGAGCCGGAAAUGCCACAAUAUCUACCGCAAAUGCCAAUAUUUGAGCCGGAAAUGACACUAUUUGAGCCGGAAAUGCCACAAUUUGAGCCGGAAAUGAUACAAUAUCUACCGCAAUCGCCACAAUUUGAGCCGGAAAUGCUACAAUAUCCACCUCAAAUGCCACAAUUUGAGCCGGAAAUGGCACAAUAUCCACCGCAAAUGGCACAAUAUCUACCUCAAAUGCCACAAUUUGAGCCGGAAAUGGCACAAUAUUCACCGCAAAUGCCACAAUUUGAGCCGGAAAUGCUACAAUAUCCACCUCAAAUGCCACAAUACCCACCUCAAAUGCCACAAUACCCACCUCAAAUGCCACAAUAUCCACCUCAAAUGCCACAACAAUAUCCACCGCAAAUGCCACAACAAUAUCCACCACAAUACCCACCACAACCACCCCAACAACCGAUGAACAUGCAACCUUUACCGUUGUCGGGCUUGCAACCAAUUUAUGCCCGUGAUAGCAAUGGCAAUUUAUCGCCCACCCCGUACGUUUUGGCGCCCGCCAAUUAUGCGGCGCUGCCGUAUGCUAUGGUACCCUAUGGGACAACAACAACGACGACAACAACGACAACGACAUCGAUUCAUGGUGGCAGCUGCGUCUAUUAUCAUUAUGCGAAUGCCAGCUAUGUGAAUAGCAUUAACUUAUACGAUCAGAAUACGGGCCAGAUGUCCGUCAUGGGCGUGGUCUAUGUGGCAUACAAGCGCAACAGUCCCGAGGCGGCGGCAGCAUUUGCGCAAGCCCAGGCCCAGGCUCAGGCUUUUGCCAUGGCCCAGGCGGCGGCAGCAGCAGCAGCAGCGGCUGCAGCAGAGGAGGAGGAAGAAUAUGAAUAUGAAUAUGAGGGGGAGUAUGUGGUGGAGGAGGUGGAUGAUGAUGAGGAUGAGGUGGAGGUGGAGGUGGAGGUGGAGGAGCAGGAGCAGGAGCAGGAGCAGCAUGGUGAGGAGGAGGUGGAGGAAGAGGAGUUGUUGCAGACGCACAGCAGACGCGGCGGCGGUGGUAGCAGCUCGUAAAAAGCAUCGGAAAAAGAAAGUGAAGAUGAAAAUACAAAACAAAAGAAAACUAAAACUUUUUUACCUAUUUUAAAUAUAAGAAUUGUUGUUGUUGUUGUUGUUUGUAAAACCUUUUCCCCCCGAAAAAUGAAUCUAUGUGCUGAAUGUGAAACAAAGAGAACCCCAAAACAUAUGUAUAGAUAUACGAUAUAUGCUAUAGAUCUAUCUAUAUAUAUAUAUAUAUAUAUUUAUAUAUUUACAAAUAUAUGUGUGUAUAUAUAUACAGGCAGCCGACCCAAAAAAUAUUUAAUAUGCCAAACACAGAAGAAAACAAAAGCUCGCAAAAAUUAUAUAUAUUCAAAAAGAGACAGAAAACGUUUUGAAACAUGUGGAAUACAAAUAAUGAAAAGGCUAAUUAAAAAUACGUUUUGGGCAUUUACGGCAUUAAAAAUUAUAACUAAAAACAAAACAAAUAUAUAUAUAUAUAUAUAUAUAUAUGUAUAUGAAUAUAUGAAUAUAUAUUUUUAAAGAACAAGAAACUGAACUCGAAAGCAAUUGGCAGCAAGGAGAAUUCGCAAAGAGCAGCAAAAUGCAAAUGAAAGCGAACCGAACACAAAAGAAACAACAAGAGAAAACAACUUGCAAAUAUGUAACACACACACACACACACACACACAUACACACACACACACCAUAUACACACACUUGUAUUUGUUUAGCAAUAAUUAUUGAUUUAAAUUUUUAAUUGUUCAAUUUGACCAACUAAAACGAAUUUUAUUUUGCAUGUGCCCAGGCACACGAACUACACACAACCUCAAAGGCACACACACACACACACACA